AUGCACACGUAUGGUAAUCUUUGUCCACCACAAUGGGACACAUCUCUCGUCAGCAACAAUGAUAACUCACGCCUGACAGAAGGAUGUAUGCAGUAUGCGUCAGUUUUAUCGCGUCUUCCCGCACAUGGCACUGGACAAAUCCAAUUAUGGCAGUUUCUGUUGGAACUCCUCGCCGAUGCUGUCAAUGCACACUGUAUUGCAUGGGAAGGAAGUAACGGGGAAUUCAAGCUGGUUGACCCUGAUGAGGUUGCCCGGAAAUGGGGAGAGCGAAAGAGUAAGCCAAAUAUGAAUUAUGAUAAGCUUAGUCGAGCCCUACGGUAUUACUACGAUAAAAAUAUAAUGACUAAGGUCCAAGGAAAACGGUAUGCUUAUAAAUUCGAUUUCCAAGGCCUCGCACAAGCAUGUCAAAACGCCAUGAUUCCUGGAGGAAGUAAUGGGGAUCUGGCAUCAGCUAUGCAAUCAUUAACCCCUUAUUCUGCUUUAACGAUGACAAGAAUUCAACAUCCAGUUCCAACGUACCCGCAGAUAGUGGCGGAAACAUCGACGAACAGCAGUCAGUUGAUGAACGCACCAGCGACCAAUUCCUAUUGGAGUUCUUCAUCGUCUACAACAUAUACCGGAAUGUCAUCAACAUACUAA